AUGGAGCCGCUCAUCGAUCUGAUAUUCGUUCACGGCCUGCGUGGUGGGUCUGUGAAGACUUGGACCAAGAACGAAGACGACGAUAACUUCUGGCCACAAGCAUGGCUACCACAAGAACCAGAUCUGCAACAUGUGCGCAUUCAUACCUUCGGCUACAACAGCGACUGGGGCGAGCGCAAAGAGAGCAUGUUGAGCGUCCACGAUUUCGGGAAAGACCUUUUAGGGGAGAUGUCUACCAAUCCAUAUCUGAGGACACAGGAGGACCUACCUAUAAUACUCAUCGGACAUAUGAUCAAGAAGACCUACAUACUUGCCCGAAGGGAUGCCGCGACUCAGGCGCUUGCUGCUCGCGUCCAAUGCCUCAUCUUCCUCGCGACACCACAUCGAGGUGCUGGACUAGCAUCGGUGCUUAGUAACAUGCUCCGAGCCGCUGGUAUGUUCAACACAAAGCCGUUCCUUGCCGACCUUGAGAAAAACUCUCUCGGGCUUGACAUCAUCAACGAUGAUUUCAGGCAUUACGCGGACGAAGUCCGUCUCCUCUCUUUCUACGAGACCCUCAAACUCAACCUUGGGGUUCAGUCCUCAUUGAUCGUCGAGAAAGACUCUGCUUCUAUCGGUCUCAAGCAUGAACGCAUACAGCCACUCAACGCCGACCACCGUACGGUGUGCAAAUUCGACAACGUGUACGACUCGAACUACAUUAAAGUGAAGAACGCUAUAGCAAGUAUCGUUGAAGACAUACUUGGCGAUACAUUAGCGAGGAAUGAUGACGAAGAGCGUGCUCAAAUGUCGGCUCUACAGACUUACCUCGAUGUAAUGGACAGGCCUGUUGACGAGCUCAACAAUGAGCAGGACCACCAAAUAUCGGGGUCGUGCUCUUGGAUCCAGAAGCGCGAGGGCUUUCAGUCAUGGUUUGGAACGCCUUCGCCAUCGGUGCCUCUGUAUUGGAUUUCCGCCCAACCAGCAACCGGCAAGACUGUUCUAGCCGGUCAUGUCAUCACCGAACUCCAAGCCGAAGGUCGGGACUGCAGCUACUACUUCUUCAAACAUGGACAGAAAGGACGAAACACUUUGAGUGCGAUGCUACGAUCUAUGGCCCUUCAGAUGGCUCUCAUCCAUCCCAUAGUUCGCAAGGAGCUGUACAAUCUGCAAGAGCACAGUCUCGCCUUCGAUAAAGAUGACGAGAGGGUUGUAUGGAGAAAACUGUUCGUCGGGUCUGUGUUCAAACUCAAUCUUGGAAGACCGCAAUAUUGGGUCAUCGAUGCUUUGGACGAAUGCAUCGAACCAAUGAAACUAUUCCCUUUGCUCUCGCGGAUAGAAUGCAGAUACGAUCUCCAGAUACUGAUCACCAGUAGAGGCCCUUGGCCUGAUUUCGAACGACAAUUCGCCCGCUUAGGUCGUCGAGGGGUGACUGAUACCAUCCCAGUAGAAGAUACAACGCGCGAUAUCAGACUGUUCUUCGAACAAAACAUGGACCAGCUUCCCGUCGAAGAAGAAGCGGAUAAGAGGCAUCUGGUAGAGAAGCUAGUGACUAAAUCAGCAGGCUGCUUCCUGUGGGCACGUCUAGUAUUGCAAGAGCUUCAGUCAGUCUACAGCGAAGAACAAGUUGAAGAGGUUAUCGAAGAGCUACCCAUAGAGAUGAGCCUUCUGUACGAACGUAUUCUGAGCGAAAUGUCGCGAAGCGUGCGUGAAACAAAACUCGCCAAAACCCUGCUUGCUUGGGCCACUUGUUCGGUACGACCUCUACAUACUUCCGAACUCACCAAUGCCAUCAAGAUAGACGAGGGUAUGAGCGUGAAAAGUCUAGAAAGGUCCGUUCAAGGUCUUUGCGGCCAGCUACUCCACGUCGACAAAACUGGCUACGUGCAAGUUAUGCAUAUGACUACACGUACAUUCCUCACUGAUGGUUCCUUGGACUCCGAGUUUGCCAUUUCAAAGGAAGACGGAAACAGACGUAUCGCGCUUACUUGCCUCAACUAUCUAUGUGGGGAAGAGAUGCGGUCGCCCCGUAACAGGACAGUCGUUAAUAUCUCACGGGGCGCCAAGAGUCCGAUAGCCGAAUACGCAUGUGUCUCAUUCUCCGAACAUCUGGCUAUGGCUUCAUCUUCCGAUACUGUUCUGUUUCUGGCACUUGAGAAGUUCCUGAGAUCCAACGUCUUGACGUGGAUCGAGUUUAUCGCGAAGACGAAGAAGAACCUUUACUAUUUGACAAGGACAGCCAAGAAUUUGCAACGAUAUUUGGGCCGUCGGGCAAAGCAUACACCGCCGCUUGGUGAAGCAUAUCGCUACGUCAACCAAUGGGCCACAGACUUGGUGCGACUCGCUGCUAAGUUUGGACGUAAUCUUCUGGACUACCCUGACUCCAUAUACUAUCUGGUAACACCGUUAUGCCCGCGGGACUCUGCAAUCCACCAGCAAUUUGUCGAUUCUCAUAGUGGCCUGACCAUUGCUGGGGUAGGAAAGAGUGCCUGGGAGGACGCUAUAUCCUACAUCGAUUUCCGGCAGGACCGCGCAAUGUCUGUGGCUGCUGGUGACCAUGCGUUUGCUAUUGGCACUAAGUCUGGACACAUCUUUCUCUACUGGCAGGGUACUUGCCAAGAGAGGAUGUCAUUCAACCACGGUGAACCAGCGAAAGUUCUGCGCUUCGACAACAGUCAUCGACUCGCUUCCGCAGGUACCCACAUGGUUCGUCUUUGGGAUCUCAACAGCGAGACGCUAGUAUGGAACUACAACAUGAAAGAUAGCCCUGUUCUGUUUCAGUUCGCGCCCGAUGAUAGCUUUCUGAUGAUAGCGACAAGAAGCAGCCAUGUCAUUACACUAGUCUGCGAAGAUGGAAGCACACUACGUGACCAGUCCUUCCCUAGUCGGCAAGCACCACUAGAUGUUGCUGUUUCUCCAGACUGCAAGAUGGUAGCAUUUGCCUAUCGUGGUAAAGCCGUACUUCUUUGGAGCUUGGAUAAUGAUAGGUUGAUGGGAGCUUUCGGUGGAGAAGCUGGCUCUUCCUCGAUCAGUAAAAUCUCCCCACAUCGAGUUUGCUUCAACUCCAACCCCGCUGUUGAAUUGGUAGUAGUCACUUUCCAGAAUGGGGACAUGGUGCUAUACGAGACCUGGAAUCAACGAGCCAUCAAGACUGUCCAGCAAGACUGUCACUACAUGGCUUGUUCGCCCGACGGGCGCACGCUUGCAACAGGGUCGAGCUGGGGUUUGCUCGGACUGUGGGACUUCGAAACUCUCACCUUACUAUGCCAUAUCAAUACUCGCGAGACCCUAGGAAAAGCCUUGUCGUUCACCGCGUGUGGAACCCGCAUCAUUGAGCUGCGCGAUCGCAAAACGAAAGUAUGGGAGCCUGCAGUCCUCAUUCGCAAGGCUGGCGAAGAAGACUCUAGCAUCAGCGAAUCCGUGACUUUGCCAGCGACGGUAGUAAGUGAAGGGGAAGAGGAUAUUGUGCCAAUCACAGCUACCUGUGUUCACCCAACUCGCGAUGUCAUUCUUGUAGGCAAAGACGAUGGCUCAGUGAGCUUCUACUCCGGACGUUCAGGAGAGCUUCAAAGUGUGGCGUACUCUCACCAACAGGAUAUCUUUGUGAAAGUAAUUGCAGUCAGUGCUGGCGACGUUGUCGUCACUCAGGAUGCGAGCAACACGGUUAUGGCUUAUGCAUUGGAGGGCGGGCAGGACGACCAACUGACAGUGACCGAGAAGCUGAUGAAAACUCGCUUCGAAGAGCCAGCCCAACAGCUCCUACUGAACGAAGCGGGUGACAGGCUUCUCAUCUCGACUGCCACCGCUGACCAAUUAUGGGUACGAAGCGUCAACAACGGCUUUCAGCAAACGAAGGUUCUAGAAUCUUCGCCUAGAUCUAUAUGGAAGUGGAUGUCGUCCAUCCGAAUACCAGAUACACUCAUUCUGGUCGUGGAUGAGACUAUCCGCCGAUUUAGCUGGGAGACGCUAGACGAACUAGCUACCACGGGUCCUCCGCGCAAAAUCGACAUCGGCACAACAGUCCUCACUGGAACCGAUCUCACCCUCAAGGCCCUUGCUACCGACAUUUCAGGUUCCAAUCUCGUCGCCGAGUUCGCGCAUAAACUCGGUUCAAAAGCAACGGAACGUCUCGCAGUCUGGCGGGCUGACGCCAUCGAAUCUCAAAGCGAAGGCGCAAGUACAGAACCCACUCUCCUUCUUUCUUCCGCUAUUAUCAAGCAUUUUCUGGGUACAUUCGAGCAUAGUAUUGUGUUUCUUGACCAUCAUCUGUGGGUCUGCUCGAUUGAUCUGGCGAGCUUAUCAUUGACUCGUGGAGACGAUGUCAAAGAAUUGGUGAAGAAGCAUUUCUUCAUUCCUUUGGAGUUUUUGGGCGGCAAUGAGGGGAAUAUGGGUUCGUUAUCGAGGAAGGGUGAUGUUGUCUUUCCGAAGGAGGGAGAGGUUGCUGUGGCUAGGGAUGGUUUGAAGUGGUCGCUUUGA